AUGGGACAAAAUCACACAUACAACAAAUUCAUCCUCUUGGGAAUUACAGAUAGGCCAUUUGCACAGAUCCCUCUCUUUGGGUUGUUUUUCCUGAUUUAUACUGUCACUUUGGCGGGGAACAUUGGGAUUAUGGUCCUGGUGUGGACUGAUCCCAGACUCCAUACCCCUAUGUACUUCUUCCUCACCCAUUUGUCAUUUACUGAUGCCUGCUAUUCCACAGUGGUCACCCCCAAGAUGCUAGUAGAUCUGCUACUAGAGAAUAAAACCAUUUCUUUCGCUGGAUGUGUGACACAGUUCUAUGGCUUUGCUUUCUUUGCCACUGCUGAAUGUUACCUCCUUGCUGUGAUGGCCUAUGACCGAUAUGUUGCUAUCUGCAACCCAUUGCUUUAUGUGAUGAUCAUCUCCCAGCAAGUCCGCACGCAGCUGGUAGCAGCUUCUUACCUCAUUGGGUUUCUCAGUGCUGUGAUAUACACAGGCUGCACAUUUGGGGGCUCUUUCUGUGGACCUAACCUGAUCGACCACUUCUUCUGUGACUCCAGCCCCGUGCUAAAGCUUGCUUGCUCUGACACCCACCGCAAUGAAAUGGUGAUCCUUGUACUUUUUGUUACAAAUGUGGUAGGCACAAAUGUGAUUGUUUUGCUCUCCUACAGCUGUAUCCUCUCCACUGUCCUGAGGAUGCGCUCUGCACAGAACAGGUCCAGAGCCUUCAGCACAUGUGCCUCCCAUUUGAUGGCUGUUUCCUUAUACUAUGGGACAGGCUUCUUUAUGUACCUACAACCCAGCUCCAGCCACACCAGUCUAGACAAGGUGGUAUCUGUGUUUUACACACUGGUGACCCCCAUGCUCAACCCCCCAUUAUACAGCCUGAGGAACAGAGAGGUGAAGGAUGCUCUUGCGAAGUGCAGGAGAAAGAUUUUAAACUGCAGUCAACAUAAAAGUAUUAUAUCAGCUAAUAAGAACUCACUUGCUCUGCUGAGGGAGCAAGCCCAAGAGAUGCAGCUUCUGACGGAGCAGGUGGCUCACCUCAGUGUGGAGAUGUACAAUGCGAAGAAGGUGAUCCUGCAUCUGAUGGGAGAAGGCUUGGACGAGCAGGACCCCGGGAAGGCACUUUCCGGGGUGGAAGUUCAGCAAACGAUGCAGGCAAUGUCUCAGACAAGUUGGGAGGACCACAUGCAGGUGUCUGACUGGGCUCUGAAAAGCUCAGGUGGCACCAUUGACAGGCAGAGGACAUCCAAGAGCUAUGAGUGGGAAGGUAAUUGGCUCUGCAGGGUGCUUUGGUUCCUUCCUGCUGCAAACCCUCCAGAUACAAUUUUGCAGCCAGACGUUUCCCCAGGGCACUGCUGGCCUUUCCAAGGGUCUCAGGGCCAGGUGGUCAUUAGGUUGCCUGCACGAAUCCAACCGACUGCUGUCACCGUGCAGCACAUCUUCAAGGCAGUCUCUCCAUCUGGGACCAUCAGCAGCGCCCCCAGAGACUUCACUGUGUCUGGAGUGGGUGCGGAAGGAGAAGAGGAAACUCUCCUGGGGACCUUCAUGUACGAUGUGGAAGAACAAGCCAUUCAGACCUUCCCUCUGAAGAAGGAGCUUCCCAGGGCCUUUCAGUAUAUAAAACUUCUCAUACAGAGCAACUGGGGAAACCCAGAGUACACCUGCAUUUAUCGAGUGCAGGUUCACGGGAAGAUGGCAAACCACAACUAA